CAACACUGCGGUGAAGGAAUUGUCGAUCGUGUAAGUAAGAUUUUGGUAUCUGCACUUUGGAGUGAACGGAUUCCUUGCCCAGCCUUCUUUCCGUCAGUCUGGCCUCGAUUCACUGGGUCUGCGUCAGCCCAGAUCAUGACCGAGGACACGCCGGCCUCGCCCGCCCUCGACCACUUGGGUCCGGGCGUGUCAGCCAAGAUUCGCGACGCCAUCAAGGCCAAACUGGUGGAGUUGGCCGUGUACGUGGACGACGAAUUGCCGGAUUAUAUCAUGGUGAUGGUGGCCAAUCGCAAAUCGCCCGAGCAAAUGAAGCAAGAUCUGGGCUUGUUCCUCAAUGAGCACAACCAAGUGUUUGUCGACUGGCUGGACCACGUUCUCCAGCAGCUUCAAAAAGUGGCUCAAGAAGGGCGAGGCAAGAAGAAAGUGCCCAAGAAAAAGGUCAGGAAAGAAGCGGAAUCACCCGUGCGCAAAACCAAAAAGAAAAAACCCGUGACCCGCUCUGAGCCUGAUCACGAAGAAUACCAUUCUGUGACCGAGGAGGUUCAACAUCGCAAACGGGACACAUCCGGCCGAUCGCGUUCGCGUUCGCGCUCUCGAUCCCCGCGCUUGUCAGAACGCGAUCGGGAUCAUCGCCCGUCCUCGACCCGCCGCCCCGAAUCGCGAGCCAACCACACUCGCGAUAAAGAUUACCGACCGGUCACUCGCGCCGCCAGCCCCGGUCGGCAUUUCUCGUCCCGUCGUCGAUCCGGGGAUCGAUCUCGGGCCUCAUCAGCGCCCCGUCGAGGUCCGAGUUCGGUGGUUGGUGCGGUCAUUUCUCACGAAUCGGACGGGGAAUACGAUCCGGAACAGAUCUUGAAACGGGCUCUAGUGGCGAGCAAGGUUCAAGUGCCCAGGCCUCCUCCACCCGCCGUGAGUGCGAGCAAAAAUCUGGUUCUUAAAGCCGUGGCUGAUGCGGAUCGUUCGCUUAAGCGGCGGCGAAUGGAUGAGCGCGAUCGAGAUCUGAAGGCCGUCCACGAGAAGCGGGCUUUAUUGAGUCAAGCGCGACGAGAAGGAAAUCUAGAUGAUCGGGCAUUGAAGGCUAUCACCCGUGAGCGAUCGCCAUUACCCGUGAAAGCUCCACGAAAACCCGCGUCUUCGCCCGAGCGCCGGAGUCGAUCCUCGAAAAUUCACCGUGAAAGCCGAUCUCGGAAGCGGGUGAAUUCUCCUCCCCGCAUCAAAGGCAUGCGGGCUGAUGAAGAAGAAGAAAAACGACAAAAGCUACAGAAAGCAGCCGCUGUUCAACCGCCUUCCCCACCCCGACCUAGUCCUCCACCUCGUGCUGCUCCCUUGGGCGACUUGGAUCUGAGAUACCAUUUGGGACAACGGAAAUUAGGCACAUCGUUGAACAAACUGGCUCGACAAUCCGGUUUGACCAUCAAAGUGCGGAAUGAUUUACAUCGACAAAACGUGGGUCGGGACCAAGAGCCUCGAGAGCAAGAUAAAGAGGAUGAUUCCAACUUGGAAAGCAUGAGACAAAAAGCGUUGGAAUCGAUGAAAAAGCGUGCCUUGCGCCGCUCUCCGUCCCACGAUGACAAGAAGAUCAUCAUUCCCCUCAACGAGGAUUCCUCCGACGAUGACACGGAUUGUGAUGCGAGUGCGGCCGAGAAAGAAACCGUUGACGGUUCCACCUCUUCCUCCGACUCCCGAGGCCCCAACUUGGCCGUGAAAAAGCAAUCAGCGCCUUCCAAAGAUCCACAAUUCAUCGUCACACUUCAAGGGAUCGACAAGAAGUAUUUCAAGAAAGCCAAAAUCGAGCCGCCGAUCUCUCCUCCAGCCACCAAGCCCGUCAGUCCAACCGAUCAGCCCCAUCAGCCCAAACUUGUGGCCUUGUCUGCUAAGAAGCCGGAAGCCAAAGUGGCCCCAUCCAUUCGAAGUGAAACGAAGCCGUUGAGGAAGCGAAUUACGGCCCCCGAACCCGACCCCGUGGUCUUACCAGUUCCCUCCGCCCCACUGAUCCAACCUAGACUACCCAUCGUAGCCUUUGCGCCCAAGAUGGCCGCCAGCCCCGAUCGACCCGUGUGCAAGUUUUGGCCCAGAUGUACGAGAGGUGAGGCCUGUUUCUUCUUUCAUCCCAAAAGCAAUCCGGCUUCGACGCAUUUUUCGGCGCCGAUCCACAAACCAGCGAUGUCACGGAUUCCUUCCAAGGAGAAACUGACGUGGACUUCAGCCUCGGCUAAGCCUUUAUGAAUAAUGAUAAUAGACGGGAAUGAAAUCUGA